UUCCAAGUUCCAACGGCAAUUGAACGGCUCCAUUGGCAACUGCGAGCCGCUUCACUAGCCUAACUUCAACUAUACACCGGUACAUCCUGACGUUCCUGACUCCGGCUCCGACUUCUGACCCUGCUUCAAACUGCUCCUCGAUCCUGAAUUGCAUGGAAUAUGGCAUGGCUUGAGGCUGCAAUUUGCUAAGCAGUCGAGUAUGGAGACCGGAAUUGCUGUAAAAAAAUGAAAUAUUUCUGAAUUGAUGCGUAUGUAAGCAUAAUAAAUCGUAAGAAGGAAAGCGUUAACUUUGUUGUCGAGUUGGUGAGUUGAUAAAGAAGGGUUAGUUGAAGAGCUGUGAUUUUGUCGCAGAGCGACGAGCUUGUCAAUUCGAAGAAAUAGUGAAAAAUGCCGAGGAAAAAAGCAUACAGCGGCAAAGCAAAAAGGCUGCAAUUACAAGCUAAGAAACAACGUCAGAAUCCAAGCAUGUUUCCCGAUGUUCGCAACAAGGCCAAAGAAGAGACAUCGAGUACCGCCGACGAUCGCGAAGCUAAUUUCACAGAAAGGAUCAACAAACAAUUGAAAGACUGCAAUUCCCAUAAAAAGUCGUACGCUUUAUUAUUUUUCCGAGAGACUAAAGAGGAACUGUUCAAACAAAAGGAAGAAGCUAGAAGCACGAUCGAACCUUUAUCCUUGAAGGAACAAGAAGUUUCUGAUAACUAUUUCCCACCGGAAUUAGAUAUGCCCAAAAGACCGCCAUGGGAUUUCAAUGUGUCGAAAGAACAGUUAGAAUUAAGAGAGCAAAAAUAUUUUACCGAGUAUGCGAAAGGCAUGGAAAAAUUGUGUGCUAACAGUUACUUUGAAUUGAACAUAGAAACGUGGAGACAGUUGUGGAGGGUUCUAGAAAUGUCCGACAUUUUGUUGAUCGUCGUCGAUAUCAGAUACCCUGCCCUAAUGUUUCCCCCCUACUUGUAUCAUCACGUGACGCACGAGCUGAAAAAAGAUAUGAUUCUAGUAAUGAACAAAAUCGAUUUAGCUCCCCCGGCCUUGGUAGUGGCGUGGCAACAUUACCUUCACGCCGCAUACCCGAAAUUACACAUUUUAAUGUUCACAUCUUAUCCCACUUAUAAUUUACGUGGUAACACAAACGAGACGGAAGGAAUAAAAAAAAGACGUAGAAGAGGAAAAUUAAAAAUGGCUGCGGAAGGGGCCCAAACGUUAUUAAAUACUUGCAAAGAAAUCGUGAAAGACAGAGUGGACCUGAGUUCGUGGGACGAGAAAAUUCAGGAGGAAAUGCAAAUGGAAUUUGAUUUGGACGACGUCGACCACAAAGAUAGCGUUGUCAUCGAAAAAGAAGACACGAGUUACGUCGAACACGAACGGUACAAAAACGGAGUGUUGACCGUCGGUUGUAUCGGCAUGCCGAACGUUGGAAAAUCAUCGCUGAUGAAUGCGCUGAUGGGAAAGAAAGUUGUAAGCGUAUCGCGCACUCCUGGACACACGAAACACUUUCAAACUAUAUUCCUGACAAAAACGGUUUGCCUCUGCGAUUGCCCGGGAUUGGUAUUCCCGUCCACGGUCCCGAGACGUGUACAGAUUCUGAUUGGCUCUUUCCCAAUCGCGCAAGCCAGGCAACCGUACUCGUCGGUGAAGUUUUUAGCAGAGAAGAUAGAUUUACCAAAGUUGUUGAAAAUUCAGCACCCGGACGGCGACGACACUUGGUCCGCGAUGGACAUUUGCGACGGUUGGGCUAUUAAACGAAAUUUCAUGACCGCGCGAACCGCUAGACCGGAUACUUAUAGAGCGGCCAACUCCUUAUUGAGAAUGGCGUUGGAAGGGAAAAUUUGCGUUUACGUUUAUCCACCGGGUUGGCAGGACGACAAGGAAAAGUGGGAGAAUCAUCCAGGCGCCGAGUUGGUCAAAUGGAUUCAAGCUAGAAACAAGGAAGGAGAUGUUCGCAACGAAGGAAAGGUGCUUUCGUCGUCCGAGGACGAAGACGAGGAGGAAGAAAACGCGGACGAAUGCUCGGGCAUUUCGAAAGGCGAAGAAGAAUACGAAGCGAACGAUCAGGAUGCAGACGACACGUCGAGCGACGAAUCGGAAACACCGGCGUGCACGGUUAAUAAAUUUCAAUCGCUUUCGGUAGAUUUAUGAACUACGAAGGAUCAAAACGAGAGAUAACGAUACAUACGACGUUUUCUAUAUCGUUUAUUUUAAAUUAUAUACGCUGUGUGUCGAAUUAUAUACUCGUUUACAACGAAGUAGACUGUACAUAUUGUAAUAUUUUGAUGCGGUAAGCACCGUCGACUAAUUUCCAACUUUCUAAACAACGUACGUUGCGAUCAUUUACGCGAAGACUUUGUUCCUCGCAGCUAUUUUAUCGGUUCCCGCUAUACGAGAAUAACGUGUAUGGAAUAAAAGAGGGAAUGAUAUAUAUAUAUAAAGAAAAAACAUAUGCACUUUUAAUUCUCUCGUUUAAGAUGAUAUGGAAAACUAAUAAUAUCCGUCGAACAAUGUAAACUACCAAUAGAUAUUUUGUUAUACCGUAUUAGUAAGCGAAAAAUAAAAAUCUUGAAGCCUACGAAUUUGGUAAGAAA